AUGAGAAGUCUGCCUUUCGUCCUCAUCGCAAUGGGAGUCACUCUGUCAAGAGUCGACUCCUCAUUAAUGCCGCAAGUUCAACCAGUGCCGAGACCCGAAGAUGCUAAACAGGGACACUCCGUAAUACAGUUUAAGCUGGGUACAAAUAUUAAAUUUGAAGACUGCAUACAAGAUUACUCGGAGUGCAUGCGCUUUUUCGACGACACAAAGAUAAUGGAAUAUUCCAAAGCUAUCGGAGACCUUUCUGCUCCGAUGUUAGAUAUGGAUAUGGGCAAUGGUUUGAUGCUUUAUUCUUUCGCAAUUGAGAGAGCUGACUGUGAUGUGGUGAAACGCUGGACGGAUCAAAUCGUCCGCAAUUCGCCAGUAUUCAUUUCUGCCGAUGUGACAUGCCCAACACCAAUGGGACUACCGGUACCGCAAGCUCAACCAGUGCCAGAGCCCGAAGAUGCGAAAAGGGGAUACUCAGUAAUACAAUUUACCUUGGAUACAAACGUGAAAUUUGAAGACUGCAUGCAAGAUUACUUUGGGUGCAUGCGCUUCUUCGACGAGACAAAGAUUAUGGAAUAUUCAAAAGCUCUCGGUGAACUUUCUGCUCCGAUGUUAGACAUGAAUAUUGAGAACGGUCCUCUUGGUUUUGUCUUUCGCGAUUGA